UGUCUUCUUUUUCUUUUUUCGUUGUUGUUGUACAAAAAUAAAAGGGAAUAAAUCCAUUUUCAACUUCACUUUGGAAAAAUUAUAAAAAUCAUUACACAAAAGAUCUGAAAUUUACUUUUCCAAAUUCUCCAGCGUCGACUGAAGUUGCAUGGAUUUAGUUACAACCUUUUUAUUGGAUUUAAGAAUAUAAAUCCACCAUAUUUCAUUUCCUGGAGCAGCAAGAAAUAUAAGGUCUAAGUUUAAGGAAUUAAAGCGCUUCUAAACCCAGAUAAAAUAAUUUGGAGGUCUGACAGAAAUGGGUGCGCCGAAGAAAUGGGUCAAAGCUUUGCUUAAUUUGAAGAGAUCCAAUAAAUCACCGUCUCCAGAGAAGGUUGAAAAUGGGUCUGGGAGCACCGACACGAUUUGGGACCAAAGGACACACUCAGCUGAAAUUGAUAGUGUUAUACUUGAAAAUGAGUUGAAUCAGAAUGUCGCUACAGAAAUAGAAGGUGCUGAAGAUGCAAACUUCCAGUCAGUUUCAGACUCAGCUAGCUCGCCUUCUACUUCACUUCAGGUGCAAAAUGCUGCUGAAGACGCAAAUUUCCAGUCAGUUUCAGAUUCAGCUAGCUCGCCUUCUCCUUUACUUCAGGUGCAAAAUGCUGCUGAAGAUGCAAACUUCCAGUCAGUUUCGGACUCAGCUAGCUCGCCUUCUACUUCACUUCAGGUGCAAAAUGCUGCUGAAGAUGCGAACUUCCAGUCAGUUUCGGACUCGGUUAGCUCGCCUUCUACUCAACUUCAGGUGCAAAAUGCUGCUGAAGAUGCAAACUUCCAGUCAGUUUCAGACUCGGUUAGCUCGCCUUCUACUCAACUUCAGGUGCCAAAUGCUGCUGAAGAUGCAAACUUCCACUCAGUUUCAGACUCGGCUAGCUCGCCUUCUACUUCACUUCAGGUGCAAAAUGCAACUCAAUUUGAACAGAAUAUGGGAGAAGAAUGGGCAGCCAUACACAUCCAAACAGCGUUCAGAGGAUUUUUGGCUAGACGAGCCUUACAUGCUUUAAGAGGACUGGUGAGACUUCAAGCUCUUGUCAGGGGUCAUGCUGUGAGAAAGCAAUCUGCCAUUGCUCUCCAUUGUAUGCAAGCUUUAGUAAGAGUUCAGGCUCGCGUCCGAGCGAACCGUGUUCGUAUGACAUUAGAGAAUCAAACAGCAGAGCAGAAACUUCGACAACAACUCGAACACGAGGCUCGUGUUAAAGACAUUGAAGAAGGGUGGUGUGGCGGUGGUAGGUCUGCUCAAGAAAUUCAAGUCAAGUUAUUGAAAAGGAAGGAGGCAGCGGCUAAGCGUGAAAAAGCUAAGGCUUAUGCUUUAGCUCGCCAGUGGCAGGCAGGGUCAAGGCAACAGGUAAUACCUGCUGGUCUUCAACCGGAUAAGAGCAACUGGGGCUGGAAUUGGUUGGAGAGAUGGAUGGCUGUUCGCCCAUGGGAAAAUUGCUUGUUAGACAUUGACCUGUUAGAUGAAAUAGGAGCUGGUGAGGCUGAAUCUGCUGAUGUACAGGAUGUACCCGCAACUCAGUCAAUUUCCACAGGGAAAAGAUCAAUGUCAAAUACUAGAAAUGGGAAAAUGGUUCCUCGUUCAAGCAAUAACUCAAACAUUUCAAAUGGGAAGAGGGCUGCCUCUCGUUCUGAAGGCUGCAGCUCUGCACCCAGCAAGUCACCAAAUGUGCAAGCAACACCAACCACGCUUGUUUCUAAUAGGAGUUCUAGGCCUGUUUCCAGAAACUUGGUUGGGGAAGCUGCCUCAACGACCAAACUUGGACCUAGAUCACGCAGUACUCCUAAACAGAGAUCAGCACUUGAAGAUAAACCAGGAAAUAAGCGAUUGUCGCUGCCUGACAGCGGGGUGCGGCAUGGGGCUGAACCAGUCAAGCUACUCAAUCGGCCUGCUGUUAAAAGGAUUCCUAUUGCUCCAAAGUCCAUGAAGGCCAAAACCAAACUGAAUGCGAAUGAUAUCAAGCCCCCAAAGCUCACUCCACAAGUCGCUCGUUAACUUUCCAAUAACAGCACAAUGUCCUCUUGUAUUCUGCAGCAGCCACUUCCAUUAACGGCAUGGUCGUGUAUAGAUGCUCUGUAUCAGUUCCUGAUUCUUCUAUGAAUAACGGCUGAGAUAGGAGGCAGACUGCUUGUUGAUUACAUAAGAUAGACGGGUACAAACACCAACUGUCGACGUAAAAAAUUGUUGUUUUCAUUGGUUCAUCAGCAUUAUCAUUCGUCUCCUACUCAAGCUACCAGAUGCCUGUUCUCCUGGCACUAUAUCUACCUCUCUACACUUAAUGUUAAGAUAGAGUGGUUGUACCUUGUUCCCUCACCAAUGAGUUCACAUUGAAUUAUUCGACCGAGUUGAAAAGUGAACCGCGAUAGCCGUGCAAUUCGACCUAUGCGGCGGGGUUUCAUAUCUUCUUCAUCAAUGUUAUGGAUUCUCCAGGAAAAGAAAUGUUAUCGUACUACUAUUUAGUAUUUAUUUACAUGGAGUAAUGAAUUUGGUCUGUCUAUGUUUUUUACAUUACAUUGUUUUUGGAGCUGUAAAUGGAAUUGUCUAAUUAGAUUUCAUUUCAUGUGCA